AUUAAUUUAUUCUAAAGUUACCAAAAAUGUUUCUAAUAAAAAAAGAAAAUUCUUCAAACAUCCAAAUAAGUAUUAUGGAAGUUCUGGAAACACACUAAUGCUUGAAUACAUUUUACUGAUCUUCCUUAUAACCUGUAUACUGUAUGCGUAUUCUCGAGAUGACAGACUGUUCGCGAGCACGGCGACGGGCCUGCAGGAGGUGUGGUGCAACAGCUGCCGGCUGCGUUGCAGGCGCUUGCGCAAGCAGGUCUACACCGUGAUGACGGAGACUGCGGGGGGCAGCGAGAAUCCCGGCAGCAGCCGCCCUGUUGCUGUACACCAGAGCUGCAUCUGCGAGUCCUGCCCUUGCGCACUCGUUGAAGCUAUCAUAGAUACCUGCAAGCCGGUCACGAAAACAUACGCGUUCAUUGUUGCAGUCAUUUUUCAAGCUUACUAUGAUUUUAUAGAAAUGACAGUCGAGAUGUACGACAGACUUCUGUUCAUUUUGAUGCAAAAUCAAGAGACGCGUAGAUCAUCGCAGCUCACCGCGCCUAUCGAGUCAUCUAAAAUAAAAAUCAGGAAUAAGCCGAUAUCCAGACAGGACGUGUCAUUGCGCAGGGAAGAUGAUAGGACAGAGCCACGAACCAGCGGGCGGAAUGACAGAGAUGACGUGGAAAGGUCGGAGUAUGACAAUAAUAUUCCGGACAGCGACUGCCCCGCGUGCGUGGAGAAAGGUCUCACGUGCAUUGGCAGAUGUCCUGCAGAGCGCUCCAAAAGAGAAUAAACAAAUU